AUGGGGUAUGGACGGUCGGACAGUUACCGCGUGGCCACCACGCAGGACAAGGAUGAGAAAGAAUCACCCAAAAAGAAAGGAGGCAAGGAUCUGGAUGACCUCAAGAAAGAAGUCCCCAUUAUGGAACACAAAAUGUCUGUGGAGGAGGUUUGCAGGAAGUACAACACUGACAUCGUCCAGGGUUUGACCAACGCCCGAGCUGCGGAGUACCUAGCUCGGGACGGUCCCAACGCGCUGACCCCGCCCCCCACCACCCCAGAGUGGGUCAAGUUCUGCCGCCAGCUCUUCGGAGGCUUCUCCGUCCUGCUGUGGAUUGGAGCCAUUCUCUGCUUCUUAGCCUACGCCAUUCAGGCCGCCACCGAGGACGACCCGGCUGGAGACAAUUUGUAUCUGGGAAUUGUGCUGUCCGCUGUUGUCAUCAUCACCGGCUGCUUCUCAUAUUUCCAGGAGGCAAAGAGCUCCAAGAUCAUGGAGUCCUUUAAGAACAUGGUCCCACAGCAAGCUCUGGUGAUCCGCGAGGGAGAGAAGAUGCAGAUCAACGCAGAGCAGGUGGUGGCAGGAGACCUGGUGGAGGUGAAGGGUGGAGACCGCAUCCCCGCCGACCUACGCGUCAUCUCCUCUCACGGCUGCAAGGUGGACAACUCCUCUCUCACCGGCGAAUCCGAGCCCCAGACCAGGUCACCUGACUGUACCCACGACAACCCCCUGGAAACUCGCAACAUCGCCUUCUUCUCCACCAACUGUGUGGAAGGAACUGCCCGUGGUAUCGUGGUUUGCACCGGUGACCACACGGUGAUGGGGCGCAUUGCCACCCUCACCUCAGGCCUGGAGACCGGCAAGACUCCGAUUGCGAAGGAGAUCGAGCACUUCAUCCACAUCAUCACAGGCGUGGCCGUGUUCCUGGGCGUCUCCUUCUUCAUCCUCUCCAUUGCGCUGGGAUACUCGUGGCUUGAGGCCGUCAUCUUCCUCAUUGGCAUCAUCGUGGCCAACGUGCCCGAGGGUCUGCUGGCCACUGUCACCGUUUGCCUGACUCUGACGGCAAAGCGAAUGGCGCGUAAGAACUGUCUGGUGAAGAACCUGGAGGCGGUGGAGACGCUGGGAUCCACCUCCACCAUCUGCUCCGACAAAACCGGGACCCUGACUCAGAACCGCAUGACUGUGGCCCACAUGUGGUUCGACAACCAGAUCCACGAGGCCGACACCACAGAGGACCAGUCUGGCUGCUCCUUCGACAAGAGCUCCGCCACCUGGGUGUCUCUGGCCCGAGUCGCCACUCUGUGUAACCGAGCCGUGUUCAAGGCAGGACAGGACUCUCUGCCCAUCCUGAAGAGGGAGGUGGCCGGAGACGCAUCCGAGUCUGCGCUGCUCAAAUGUAUUGAGCUGUCGUGUGGCGGCGUCAAAGUCAUGAGGGACAAGAACAAGAAGGUGGCGGAGAUUCCCUUCAACUCCACCAACAAGUACCAGCUCUCCAUCCAUGAGACAGAGGACGAGAACGACAACCGUUACCUGCUGGUCAUGAAGGGGGCGCCAGAGAGGAUCCUGGACCGCUGCACCACCAUCAUGGUCCAGGGCAAAGAGCAGCCCAUGGACGACGAGAUGAAAGAGUCUUUUCAGAACGCUUACCUGGAGCUGGGAGGCCUUGGCGAGAGGGUGCUGGGGUUCUGCCAUCUGUUCAUGUCCGAGGAGAAAUACCCCAAAGGUUUUGCGUUUGACACAGAUGACGUGAACUUCCAAACAGACGAACUGUGCUUUGUGGGGCUGAUGUCCAUGAUUGACCCUCCUAGAGCCGCGGUCCCUGACGCUGUGGGCAAGUGCCGAUCUGCCGGAAUCAAGGUCAUCAUGGUGACCGGAGACCACCCCAUCACAGCGAAGGCCAUCGCUAAAGGAGUGGGCAUCAUCUCCGAGGGCAACGAGACUGUAGAAGACAUCGCUUUACGGCUCAACAUCCCCGUCAGCCAAGUCAACCCCAGAGAUGCCAAGGCCUGUGUGAUCCACGGCACCGACCUGAAGGACUUGUCCCAGGACCAGAUGGACGACAUCCUGAAGAACCACACAGAGAUCGUCUUCGCCAGAACCUCCCCCCAGCAGAAGCUCAUCAUCGUGGAGGGCUGCCAGCGACAGGGAGCCAUCGUGGCAGUAACAGGAGAUGGUGUGAAUGACUCUCCGGCCCUGAAGAAGGCGGACAUUGGCGUGGCCAUGGGCAUCUCCGGCUCCGACGUGUCCAAACAGGCCGCAGACAUGAUCCUGCUCGACGACAACUUUGCCUCCAUCGUCACCGGCGUUGAGGAAGGUCGCCUGAUCUUUGACAACUUGAAGAAGUCCAUCGCCUACACUCUGACCAGCAACAUCCCAGAGAUCACCCCCUUUCUGUUCUUCAUCCUGGUGAACAUCCCUCUGCCACUGGGCACCAUCACCAUCCUCUGCAUCGACCUGGGCACAGACAUGGUGCCUGCCAUCUCUUUGGCUUAUGAAGCAGCAGAAAGUGACAUCAUGAAGCGGCAGCCCAGAAACCCGGCCAGAGACAAGCUGGUGAACGAGAGGCUCAUCAGCAUCGCAUACGGACAGAUCGGUAUGAUCCAGGCUCUGGGCGGCUUCUUUGCGUACUUUGUGAUCAUGGCUGAGAACGGCUUCCUGCCCUCGCACCUGGUGGGCAUCAGGCUGAACUGGGACGACCGCUCCAACAACGACCUGGAGGACAGCUACGGACAGCAAUGGACGUACGAACAAAGAAAAAUCGUGGAGUUCACUUGCCACACUGCCUUCUUUGUGAGUAUCGUGGUCGUGCAAUGGGCCGACGUCAUCAUCUGUAAGACCAGACGCAACUCAGUGUUCCAGCAGGGCAUGAGGAAUAAGAUAUUGAUCUUUGGGCUGUUUGAGGAGACGGCUCUGGCUGCCUUCCUGUCCUACUGCCCUGGGAUGGACCUGGCUCUACGGAUGUUCCCACUCAAGCCCAGCUGGUGGUUCUGCGCCUUCCCCUACAGUUUCCUCAUCUUUGUUUAUGAUGAGAUCAGAAAACUCAUCCUUCGCCGAAACCCAGGAGGCUGGGUUGAAAAAGAAACUUAUUACUGA